AUGGCGAUGCGGAUCGCGCUGACCUCCCUCCCCGCGCGCCUGCGCGCCCCCGCGGCCCCCUCCUCGGCGGCGGCGACCGGCGGCCUGCGCCUCCUCAGCGACGGGAAGGGCCGCAUGCUCAGCGAGGAGGAGCGCGCCAAGGAGAGCGUCUACGUCCAGAAGAUGGAGAAGGAGCGGCUGGAGAAGCUCAAGAAGCGGCUCGAGCAGGAGAAGUCCAGCGCCGACAAGGCCAAGCCCGCCGACGCCGACAAGCAGGGGGCGUUUAGAUUGGGGGCAUUUGGGUCCAAUUCUAUAACCGUGUGUGAGUAG